CGUAGGUCAAGUUACGAUACUCCGCGCGCGCACUCAGUUCGCGGGGAGCGCUCGUGCGGUGCGCGUUGUUGUCCCGUGUUGCUCUAGAUGGUCGAUCACGUGGGAGACACUGCGCCGAGUUCCGCACGCGAUUUCGUGGCGAAGACGCGCCGCCGUCGUGGGGAAGGGAUUAAAUGUGCGCGCCGACGUCGUGAUGGACAACCCUAGCGGCGGAAGAGACGGUCGGUACGCGAGUCUCGGCUAUAGCAUGGGGAUGAUCGGGAGCGAUGCUGGCACAGAAAUUUACGGCCGACCGUCCACCUCCCAGCUCGCGGCGGCGGCUUCUCAAAUAGGCCGUGGUGGCGCCACCAUGAUGGCAACCGCGGGCGCCGCGACGCCAGGCGUCGGUCCCGUGCAGCGAGGUAUCAAGCGUACCACGUCCGAUGUUUGUUACGGCGACGACGGUAACAAUCCGGUGGUGCGGCAACAGGCGCUCUCGCAGGCACAGGGCAUGUCCGGCAGCGGUAUGCCCGGCGACUGCGUGCCCGACAAUCUCGACGAGUCCUUCACGAGCCUGGGCCAGCCGAAGAAGUCACCCCCUUCGAACGGCAAGAAGACCAAGGGCCGCGUCAAGAUUAAAAUGGAGUACAUUGACAAUAAACUCAGGAGAUACACCACGUUCUCCAAGAGGAAAACUGGCAUCAUGAAGAAGGCAUACGAGCUUUCAACACUGACCGGCACGCAAGUGAUGCUGUUAGUGGCGAGUGAGACUGGUCACGUGUACACAUUUGCGACCCGCAAGUUGCAGCCAAUGAUUACGAGUGAGGCCGGCAAAGCGCUGAUCCAGACAUGCCUGAACAGCCCGGACCCGCCGCCGUCAGGCUCGUCGGGUGACCAGAGGAUGUCGGCCACUGGCUUCGAGGAGACCGAGCUGACGUACAACAUCGCAGACGACGAGCAGAAAGUAAGGCAACUGGUGUACGGCUCGCCGCACGGUGGCUCGCUGCACGGCGGCUAUCCCGGGCCCGGUAGCGGGCCAGCGGGUGGCCCAACCGCGGGGUCCCAUCCGCCACCACCGCCGCCACCGCCGCCGCCGGGCUCGCAACACGCGCCACCCUCGCACGCGCAACACGCGCAUCUCAUAGCGCACGCACAUGCGGCGGCCGCCUCGCCGAGCUCGCAUCUCGUACCAUGCUCGAGCCCAGGUCCGAUGCUCGCCGGGGGUCCCUACCAGCAAUCCUGUCCCUCACCCCUGCCGCCCCAUCACGCGGCUUAUCAUCCUCACAUGUCGCACUCGCAUCCACAACGGUAGUACGUGUUUGCCACUUGUUGUCCAUUCACAAUCCGUCCACCGUCGUAUUUUGCGCUUUAGAUUUUCGGCUUCGUCUUCAUCGUACCUACGAGGGGAGAUUGUGUCGAGAUCGCGUCGAGCUCCUUGCGACGCCGAUGACGUCAGACGCGUCGUCAGACUACGAAUACUCAGAUUACUCGGACAAGACGUUUGUUUAUGUUACGCCAAUAUUUACUGCCGGUUUUCAUCGAAUUGCGAAUGAUACUUACCCAACUUGCUUGACGAGAAGGCAAUAAUAAUAUAAUAAAUUGUGUCGAGCUAGAAGGGUAGGGUAGUUUGUGCAAUUUACAAAGAAUUAUAUAAAAAACAUGGAUUAUCGUAAAAUAUCGCGUAUCAAUUUUUAUAAACAUUUGUUUUAGUUAAGCGAAAAAUUCGGAGUUUUUGUUAACGUAGUAGAUGGGGGGAUGAAUUUAAAAGUCUGAGCGCGAAUACUUGGACACCGAUACUUGAAAAAUCUUUUUAUUUGUUUUGGAAAAACCGUUAUUUUAAUGCUCACCGACGCAGGACACGUUGGUAGGCUAUUAGAUACUAAAGUAAUUUCUCUUACGUCGCUGACGUAAUUUCCCUUUAGACGCCAUAUCAUCGGUGAACGUGCGAUAGAGGCUGCUGUCCAGUUAACAUUUCAGAUGCUUCAAAAUAUUUUCUAUCAUUUUUCUUCUUUCAAGUAAUAAGAAGGAAGUGUUUUGGAGCAUUUGGGACAUCAACUGCACCGCAGUCAGAGUCACGUAUGACAUUUGUAUCAUAUACGUGAUGGACGCGAAAUCAAUUUAUCUCUCUUACGAUCAAGUAUUUUUUAGUGUUGGUCAUAUUAUGGCCGAUAUCACGCAUGUAAAUCUAGUCCAACCGACAGAUGUACUUAAGUAUAUAUGCACAUGUUUAAAUAUGUAAUAAAAUGUACGUAUAUAUUUUUAUCAUUAAAUUUUCGAUCAAGUAUCGCGUGUUUCUUGAAUGACUUUGCGUGAUUUGUGAGAUUUCGAGCGAGUCGUAAGCUCCAACACGGAACGGUAUCUUGUGGAUUUAGACUUGCUAUUUCACGUAGCAAGCUGGUCGUGCGUCAAGUAAAUACGGUAGUACGUAAAUGCAACAGUACGCAUCGACAAGAGUCUUCAAACGAUAGGAAAGUGCUUCCGAUUACGAGAGGAACGUUUUAUAUUAUCGAUUAAUUAAUUAUGUCGUAAAUUAGGCACGUAGUUUAUGUGAUGAACUCGGUGAACGAUGAUGGAGCACCAAGUGCUCUACGUUUGCUCUCCGACGGUUGUUCGUAUCUCCACAGCUCUCUCUACUUUAUUUCUCUCUUCUUUUUUUUUUAUUUAUCUUAAAUCAUAUUUAUUGAGGCGGCUGUCGACAUCUCUUAUUUAUUAGAGAAGAAGCAGUAUGUGCGUGUACAAUAUAUGCUGUUAUACAAGUCGACAUUGAUCGCAAUCAAUGUUGGUAUCUCUAUUUUCGUGUACCUUACGAAUCUCGUAUUUGCGGAUAUUUCGCGAGGGUAGAUUCGGCGGGCUCGGACGGUUUUCUGAGGAUGAGCAGCUAGUUAAAAGCUGCCUUGGUCUACCAAACUCGGUGGCGUGGAUGCGAGUCCGGGCGAACCCGGCGGUGCACGCUUAGUAUUGUUGCGCAUUCUUUUUUUUUUAAUUGAGCAUCGUUGUGUCUCGUCCGUUGUUUCUUUUUUUUCCAGUGUAACGUGUUGUGUACCACAAGUGGCAUGUGUAGUUAUUGUCCUUUCUUGUAGAAUAAGUAGCUAGUAUCUGGUCUACCUUUGAACUUAAUCCACUUCUCCGUCCUCCCUACUUCUCCCCAGUCCGUCACAUAGCAGCAUCAGCUCCAUUCUAUCCAUCGACAAUAUGCAUGCGUAUGUGUGUAUGUAUUGUUUGUUGAUUUUUGUAUUAUAUUGCGUAUUCAGAAAGCAAAGCCGAGGAGAGACAGAAAAAAGUAACAAAAAGUAAAGAAGUAAAUUGAGAGCGGGAAUCGAUAGAGUGUGGCCUUUACGGGACCCGAUCGAAUAGUUGUAUAGAAACUGUAAUCUGUUCUUCGAUGACACACAUGCAGAGUACAAAUAAUGAUAAUGAUAACAAUACCGUUUACGAUUUCAACGAUAAUCUGCGAAUAGUGCGCCUAUCAUGGUUAAUUUGUAUCUUAGCAUCUGUGUACAUAGCAUAGUAACUGUAAAAUACUGUGAUAAUAUUUAUAUAUUUUUUGUGUUUAUAUAUAUACACACGCACGACACACACACACACACACACACACACGUACGUCUUCGACAAUAUAGUCCCUACGACCACCGUAAUCAUUCCAACCUUGUUUGAUUCUCUGCUGAUUAGAUUCUUAUUGUGUUGAACAUUGUCGAAUCAAUGUUUUAUACGCGGGCCAGGUAGGUAUUUUUCAACAAUCCUAAUUCUUGCUUUGCAAUCUGUAGUAACAUAUAAAAAUUCAAUAAUGGAACUAUAUUGUAUGACAUUCGAGAAACUUUGUGAAUAUCGCAUGUCUUCGAGAGAUCUCUAAAUAAAUACUGAUUUCUAGGAGGCAUUAAAGAAGAUCCAUGUUUUCAUGGAUCGUGCGUGUGUAGAAAAUCAUUUUUUACGAGAUAUUUAGUUUUUUUUAUAUAUAUAAACAGACGUGACUAAUUUCGAAUAAUUAUCGUUGUUUCCUCUAAAGCGCGAUCAUCAUCAUCAUCAUCAUCAUCAUCGUUUUAUUAUUAUCAUUCUGCGAACGAGCGUUCAUGAAACUCUAGCUUAAGUUCGUUCCAAGUUCUGCGCUGAAAAGGUCUGUCGAAUCUUUCGCAAUAAAAGAUUUCGGAUUCGUGUAACGAAGUUUUAGAGAAUCUUAUUUCGCGUUUCAGGCACAGGGGCCAACAUAUGCCUAUUUUUGACAAUCUGCUUUGGGAUAUAUUUAGAGAUCCGAAAACAUAUCCGCAGUGUGUCAGAGAUUCCUUUAUUUCUAACGAUGCGCAUAGAACAUUUUCUGUAAGUUAUAUGUACAAUAUAUAUAUAUAUAUAUAUAUAUAUAUAUAUAAAGAGCGCAAUAUCAUUAUCGCGCGAUACAUUCUCUUCGAAAUAACUGCAACCGUCACUCAAAGUUUCGAGAUGAAACAGACGCGCGAGGAAGAAACGCAAGGUAGGUUUCGCAUCCCGGCCAAGCAGCGAUACGUGUGAUUGACAUCUUUUCCCAAAUUGUUUGUUUAUUCUUGAUGCAUUUUUACCGAAUAACAACGCUACAAGCGCACGUAACAGUACUGAUUUUUAUGUUAAACAUGGUGAUUUCGACGAAUACUGCAGCGAAAUAACAAAAAUCUUCUCGAAGAUAUCAACAAUGAAGAAAUGUUGGAACUUGAGCGAAUCAAGAUGGCGGAUGGUCGCUAUCGUAAUUUGUAUGUGCUGCACUUACUUAACCCUUGCACGGUUUUUUAGUACGUAGCAUUAAUAAUAAGCAAGUAAUACAGAUUACGUAUAUUGUAUAUGAAAUAUAAAGCAAUGAACAUGCGUUUGAGUGUCU